AUGAUGGAUAGUAGCCAUUCAGUUGAACGGAUUCUCAAUAUCAGCCGCGUUCUCGACUUUUGGAUCAACCUCCAAGGUGCAACUAGGCUUGUAGACCAGAGUCUCGGGCUUGUUCAUUUCAGGUUCGGCCGGAAAUCUGCAGAUAGGCUUGCUAACCAGGAGGGUCAUAUCACAAGUAUCAUUCUCCUCCCUCGGCAACCAGCCGCCGUCGGCACGAAUAGUCUGGAGAGUGUGCCAGUGAGAUUUGGCAUGCUCAUUUGCAGCAGAGACCUGCACCUUGGCAGCCUCAACAUCAAUCUUAGCGUCGUGCAGUUUGCCGAGGAGACUUUGGAUCUCAACCUGGGCACCCAUUUCUUUCUUUGUCAGCUCACGCAGUUGCUGAUCCAGUGUCGCUUUCUCUCCUUGCGAAACUCCGAAGUCUGUCGUCAUCUUCUGCAGUUGCUCGCGGGUGGCCUUAACGAGCUCGUCAAGCUGCGCACGCGAUGUAUCAAGGCGGGCAUUAUCCGCCUCGAGUUGUGCCACUUUGGCCUUUGCGGCUUUUAUCUUCAGGGUUUCAUUCUCUGUGCUCAGAGAGACCAUUUCAGUGAAACAGCCUGCGAUGGUCUCUUUGAAUCCCUCGAUUUGCUCAUCAUCCCGCUUGUUGUGUCCCUCAAGGAAGCUGUUGCGGCUCUGCACCUUGGCAUUUUCGCUCUGCAAAUCCAGAUUCUCGUCAACGAGAAUGUCCACUCUGGUUUGGAGCUUCUGGAGCUGGCGGGCAACCAUGCUCCUCAGCUCCUGGGGAAAUGGGAGGGCGCCAAGAACCUGGGGGAAUUGAGCCGGUCGGACAUGCUUCACGCACUCGAAGCUGCGAAUCUCGGUCUGGACUUUGAUCUGUGUCUUACUGGACAGACUCUUGCCAUUCAAGACGGUCUGGCUGGUGAUAAUGUCCUUUCCGGCAUUGCUUGCCUUCAGAGCGGCGACACCGUUCCCAUUGAUACCGUUGGUGCCGUUGAUGCCGUUGGUAGCCUGAACAGUCUUGACUGGUGCCGGAACGCUGGCAGUGUCAUUUGA